AUGGAUGAACGCCUCUUGAAGCCACUUUCGGUUGGAGUUGAUCCAGAGGAGCAGAAAGCACGGACACAUGAGAAAGAGGAGAUGAAGACCUUGAACAACCAGUUUGCCUGCUUCAUCGAUAAGGUAAGAACUUGGCCAUCCAAUGGGUUUUCUCCCCAAGGCAAUUUUUAAAUGAAGAGAAGAGAGCCAGCGUGGUGUAAUGGCUAAGAACGGAGGACUCGUAAUCUGGUGAACUGGGUUCGCUUACCCGCUCCUCCACAUGCAGCUGCUGGGUGACCUUGGGCUAGUCACACUUCUCUGAAGUCUCUCAGCCUCACUCACCUCACAGAGUGUUUGUUGUGGAGGUGGAAGGGAAAGGAGAAUGUUAGCCGCUUUGAGAUUCCUUAAGGGGAGUGAAAAGUGGGAUAUCAAGUCCAAACACUUCUCCUUCUCCUUCUUCUCCUUCUCCUUCUCCUUCUCCUUCUCCUUCUCCUUCUCCUUCUCCUUCUCCAUGAGGACCCCAACCUCCUUUAGUUGUAGUUCAUUCUGCCUUUGCUCCUUUCCCUUUCCUCCUCUUUUGGGUUUCUGCCAUGGUGCUCCCUGGUCCAAGAAGUACCCUCCAAUCACAUCUAUUUAUCAUUUCCUACUCACCGGUUAAAAUCCCACCAUGAAAUCUACUUCUUAAAAGCCUUUCUUGAAGCAUAACUAUGCAUUUAGCGCAUAUAUAAACCACUUUAGGGUUUAAGGGACCCACUGCGUUAUUUCAGGAAACUUUACAACAGACUUGUUAUAAAGAUUAUGCUCCUAUUGCAGAAGUGGAGUUGGGGAGGGAGGCUAAGAGAUAGUAGCUUGUUUAGGGCUGCAUGCACAUCAUACAUUUAAAGCGCAUUCUCCUCACCCCUGGGAAGUCUCAUGGGGUGUGUAAUUUGCUCAGGGUGCUGGGAAUUGUAACAAUGUGAUGGGUAAACUACAAACCCCAGGAUUAUUGGUGGUUGAGGGGGAAAGUCUUUAAAUGUAUGGUGUGUACACAGCCUAAAAGACAACAUUUGAGCCAUGAGCUUCUUGGUUCAAAGUUCUCCUCCUAAUUCGCUAAAGUAGCCCUCCAAUGCUUUCCAUUUACUCUGUUUUCCUGACAUGCUACUUUGUAUGUCAAAUCCAACACAGAUUUGGUUCCCUCCAUCCUGCUUUGUUUUGUCCAUCUUACAUCAGUUGUAAAAACCUCUGGUUCUUCGGGGAGCUUCUCAUUCCAGUUUCAGCUCAUGGAGUGAAGAAAUGAAAUGGCAUUGUUUUUCCAGGAGACUGUAUUUGUCCUCAUUUUGUACAAACUGGAUAGCCUAUUAUUUUCCUGUAAAAAUGUUGCAAGUAUCAUAGAGGAAAAGCAACUCGUUAUAAUUAUUUUUAAACACACAUACACAAACUGUCGUGGGCGAGACUGGAAGGUAGAGUGAAAAUGCAAACGUAAGUUGCAAGACCUGUUUGAAAAAAAUAUUACUUGCAACAAAAUUCAUUUUAGUUCUGUACUCACACAGUUACUAAGACUUCUGGGUAGUGGAAGAAACUUCAGCGUGCAUACAAGUAAAAUGAUAUCCUGAAUCACUGCAACCUGGUUUGUUGCAGAGUAGUUUAAGAGAACUUAUAUUUCAUCCAGGAAAUAAAUGCAUAGCAUUUAAUAUUACAGACGUGCAGACUGGUUGCAUUAGAUUCAGGAGACUAUUUCCAGCACAGGAGAAAAAGAAAUGGGAAGUUAUAAAGCUACUAGUUUCUCCUUCAUCCUUCAGAUUAUUUUUAGCUAACAACCCCCACCCCUUUUCUUUUUCUUGUCUGCUGGAAAUCUUCUCAUACGUUUAGUACAAUCCAUCUGCAAUGCAUUGAGUGCUGCAGUCUUAUUUUCUGCAUGGAAAAUAAGUUCCCUGAAAAACUAAACAUUUGAAUUCCAAUUCAUUUGUUACUUACGGAUAAAAGGGUGCUUAAGAACCAGUCCCAUACCCACAAGAGCGUUCCUUCAUUCAAACAAGCACCAGGGAGCUUUGUAUCAGGGGAAUCAGCUUAUGGUUUGUUUCUGAACUGUUAUAUCUAACACCAUGAGAACUUCUGGAAAAGGUGGGAGUGUCUUAUCUUUGGUGCCCCCCCCCCAAGUAAAUUAAGAGCAUCGAAGAACCUUCUAGAACAGAGAUGUCAUUGGAUUCCAACUCCCAUCAGCCCCAGACAGCAUGUUCAAAAAAGACGCUCCAAGUGUCCCUAUAUUUCAGGGGCGCCUCUGAUUUAGAGAUGCCAUCCCGGUUUCUGAUUUGAUCCUGGAAUGUCCCAAUUUUCCUUAUGAUGCCCCUAUUUUCAUUGGAGAAAUGUUGGAGGGUGUGGUAGGAUGUCCCUAUUUUCACUGGAGAAAUGUUGAAGGUAUGGAGUUAUUGAAGGCAAUCCUGUAUAGGGAAGUUUUUAUUUAACGUUUAAUGUUUUGCUAUGUUUUUAUAUAUGUUGGAAGCUGCUCAGAGUGGCUGGUGGCAACCCAAUAAGACGUGUGGGGUAUAAAUAGUAAAUUUAUCAUUAUGGAAUGGGACGUCCCUAUUUUCAUUGGAUAAAUGUUGGAGGGUAUGUCAAAGGUCAGGGAAGAUGGGAGCUUGAGUCCACCAAUAUCUGGAGGGCCACAGGUUCCCCAUGCCCAAUUUUAACUUCUAACUUGAACAACUCAUUCAUAGCUCAGCCAGUACAGCAUUAGACUUUUUAUCUCAGGGUCUUGGGUUCGAGCCCCACAUUGGGCAAAAGAUUCCUGGAUUGCAGGGGGUUGGACUAGAUGACCCCUGUGGUCCCUUCCAACUCUGCAAUUCUCUCAUUCUAUGAUUCUAUAAUUCCCAGUAGGGAGUGGGUGACUAUCUUGCUCAACACAUAAGUUAACUGGCAAGAAAGGUUUGUUUGUACUUAGUUUUGAGGUCUAUGACUAAACUUCACUGAAGUAUUAUUAAAAGAGGGUUUGUUUGUUUUGGUUUUAUUUAUUUAUUUAUUUUUUAAAAAAACCAUAAUGCAAAGUGAGGUGGUAGACCAAGGUGACAGAAUGCAGGAUGUUACCUCUUCAGACCAUGGGUGGUGUGGAGCGGUGGCGUUUGUAGCAUGUAGACCCUUCAUUCAUUUGGGUUGGUCAAUUGGUAGAGAUAAGUCACCACUGACUGUUCCCAUCGCACCACCCCCAAACUUGCACAAACCCUAUUCCUGAUUUGGCUACUAAAUUCUUGAAACCCAUUGUCUGACAAUCUGCAUUUCAUUAUCUCAAACAGAGGAUUUUCUGAUAAGCAGUACAAGGAGUCUAGUGGGAUUCCUAUCUGUUUAAUUUUGUUUUCCAUCCCUCUUAACCAUCCCGAUUAUUGGUAUUCAGCUAACAUGGCCACAACAAGAAUAUUAGGUCCACAGCCACAGCUAAAAGUUAAAUGGUAGGAACGAAGCUUUUGUUUCUAAAAGUACUUGGUUUGUUUCUAGACAUAAAUCAGCAUAGGGAACACAAUUUGAUACACCAAAGAAUUUUCGGAGGAAAACUGAAAUCUUUCAGUAGCCUGGUUGAAGGCAUUUAACCAAACUGGGGUAACAUAUAGUAAGCCACUGAACUGUAGCCUACCCAUAAGUUUUUAGGCCUUGCAAUUUGAUCUCCACAGGGGCGAGGUUUCAUUUUGGAUUGUUGCUGAAAAAAGCAUGAGCAAGAAAGUGUGUUCUCACCUCUGAAUUGUGCUAUGUAAUGCACAGCAAGAAAUCAGGCCUUGUUGGGAGACCUGCCAGAGUGGAAAGUAUAACUAGGAGGCAGUGGAAGACAGGAAUGCCUGGCAUGCUCUGGUCCAUGGGUUCAUGAAAAGUCAGAAGAAGAAGAAGAGUUUGGAUUUGGUAUCCCGCUUUAUCACUACCCGGAGGAGUCUCAAAGCUACUAACAUUCUCCUUUCCCUUCCUCCCUUCGUCCCCAACAACAAACACUCUGUGAGGUGAGUGGGGCUGAAAGACUUCAAAGAAGUGUGACUAGCCCAAGGUCACCCAGCAGCUGCAUGUGGAGGAGCAGGGAAGCGAACCCAGUUCACCAGAUUACGAGUCUACCGCUCUUAACCACUACACCACACUGGCUCUCAGACAAUACUAAAUGACUAAACGACUAAAUAACAACAUGUUCCUUUCAGGUCCGAUCCCUGGAGCAGCAGAAUAAGGUGCUUGCCACCAAGUGGGAGCUUCUGCACCAGUGUGUCCAACCUGCAAGGAAGAACCUGGAAGGCUACUAUGAGAAUUUCCUGGCCGCACUUAAGAAGCAGCUAGAAUGCCUCUUGAGUGAGAGACAGAAACUGCAACAUGAACAGAAGAACAUGCAGGAACUGGUAGAGGACUACAGGUCAAAGUAAGUAAACUCAUUCACUAGAUCAGUGGUUUGCAAAGGGUGUCGCGUACCACAGGAGACGAUGGCUAGUGUGGUGGGAAAAUUCAAGGACAAUCAAGGAAGCAUUCAAACAUUUCAGUGUAGUAUAGUGUAGUACAGGCAUGUCCAACAGGUCGAUCGCGAUCUACUAUCUACUGGCCGAUCACGGUGCUCCCCUGGUCGAUUGUGGUUGAUCUGUGGACUGUGGACCCCCAGCAAUGUACCCCCCCAAAAAAACUGACAAUGGGUCAGUUGUCCAGUUGUCUUAUACUAUGAGUAGAUCACAGUCUCUUGAGAGUUGGAUGUGCCUGGUGUAGUAUAUUUUUAUUUUAUUUUUAUUUUUUUGCAGAAUAUAGAUAGAUAUCUUUUCAAAAUCAAGCACUGCUGGGAGUUGUUUUGUUUUCCAAUGUGCUUCUCAUCAAUAAAAUUUGGUGUGGCAGGAUCAAUUUUUUAUUCUGAAAAUGUGGCCCUGAGAAAAAGGUUUGAGAACCACUGCACUAGAUGAAAGUUUUGCAGUCUCCCUAACUCCUCACCCAGGAGUAGAGGGGCCAUUUUAAUUCUUCUUCUUCUUCUUUUGGGAAAAAAGGUUCUAUUCCAAUUUCCCCUUCUACGCAUUGGGAGAAAGCCAACUAAGUCACACUCAGAGUAGCCCCAUUGAAAUCAAGGGACUUAAUUUAUUUCAUCUGCUUUAUGCAGAUGAUAUCACCCAUUAAUUUGAUUUGAUAUCAUCCAUUAAUUUGAGAUCACCCAUUAAUCUGCAUAGCUGCUUUUCAAGAUAAGAUUGUUUGAUACUGAAGGGCUCAUAUACAUAGCCAUUUGAAUCUGUAGCCAUCUCUAGAGAUGGGGAAGAACAAUUAAAAGCAAACUUACUCAUUUGCACUUUCUGAAAAAGUGCAUUAAGGGAAACCCAGCCAUCCUUCAAAAUUAUCUGAAUUAUGCAAUGCAGUUCUCCAACCAAGCAAUGUGUACAAAAAUGCAUGUACUAGGGUAAAAUGUGAAUAGAAUGCAUAUAUUUGUGAAAAUAACAUACCGGUACAACAAAAUAACAUACAAAAUCCAUUAUAUAAGGGAAGUUUGUUUUGCAAACAGUUAAGCACAGUUGCCUACCAAAAACGUGUUUAACUGAGAAGAUUUAAUUUUUAAAAACUCAGCUGGUUUCUGGUCACUACCGUUGUUCCAUCCUCUGUGCUGCUCAAUUCGUGCUAUUUUGUUCUUCAGAGAACUGCUUCCCCACCCUGUUUGAUCCCAUGAUCCCAUCAUUCUUUCAUGGGACUAGGUAGCCAAUCAGAUUUGACUACACAAUGACAUCAUUUUGGAUAAAUGAAGCCAAUUCAGAGUGAGGCCAAUAUAUCUUUAUAUCAGUCAUGUGGGUGUUUCUAGGCAACUGGAUGACUGAUUGCCCUCACUCUGGAGUGGUAAGCACUUUCAUGCAAUCUCUGGAAAAUCAGCCAAUGGGGGAAUCUUCCAGAACUGCCAAAGUUGUUUAAGAAAAACACUCCCAAUUUUGUUUAUGCCUUAGUGCAGGGGUCAGCAACCUAAGGCCCAUGGGCCGGAAGUGGCCCAUGGAGGUCGUUUGACCAGCCCACAAGCUGCCCCCGAACCAAGCUGCCUGCCCGCCCAUUGCGCUAAACCAGCGCAGUGCGUUAUGGGGACUUGCUUUCGUGGCGCCGAAAUUGCGUCUGCAAUUGCACAUGCAAUCUGGCCAACAGAGGGAUCUCCAUGGGACCAAUCCAUCCCAGGCAAGAUAAACCUUGCUGACCCCUUCCUUAGUGUAAACACUCCUUUCUUGGGUCCCACUGAUGGUUCUUGCAAAGCAGGUUUUCUGUUAAAUUCUUCCAAAAGUAAGAGCAAACCCUAAGUGUUUCCCCUUCUCUCUCAAAACAGAUACGAAGAGGAAGUCAAUAGGCGCACAUCAGCAGAAAAUGAAUUUGUGGUGCUCAAAAAGGUAAGAAGUUGUGGCCUGGAAAAUAUUAAUUACAUACAUACAGUCUAACUACCAUGGAGCACCUGGAACCGUCCAUGUGAUACCUUGCCCCCAAACCUACCUUAUAUGCACCUCAGUUAAAGCAGAUACUCUGUACACACACAGCAGGAAAUGAUGCCUGGAGAUGUUUCUGCUUUCUGGAAUCAUGAAAAUGCCAAUUCCAAGAAUUAUUUUUAGCUUUAUUAAAUUCAAUACUACCAGUCCUUCCUUCCUUCCUUUCAUUUUUUGUGUGUGUUUUCCUUCUCUCUCCAGGAUGUUGAUAGCGUAUUCCUCACCAAGGAAGAACUAGAAUCCAAAGUAGAUGUGUUGGCACAAGAGUUGGAAGUCCUGAGAUGUGUCUUUGCAGAGGUACAAUUUAAUAUGAACCAUGUGGGAAGCUUGUCCCUAAAGAAAUAGGAACUUAUUACUUGGACAUCUUUUACAAAAUGGGAUUUAGGUAUGCUUGGUCACCCUCCACAACUGCUACACAGGCUCACUGAAGGUGCCUGAGGCAAGCCACCAUGUCAGACUCAGUUCAGUUUCCCCAAAUGUAAAAUGAGAGUCACAAAGUCCCACGUCAUUAUUCACCCCUGUGGAAUCUCCUGUUUGGAGCUUUGUAAGGAUGCGGGUGGUGCUGUGGUCUAAACCACAGAGCCUAGGGCUUGCCGAUCGGAAGGUUGGCAGUUCGAAUCCCCACGACGGGGUGAGCUCCCAUUGCUCGGUCCCUGCUCCUGCCAACCUAGCAGUUCGAAAGCACGUCAAAGUGCAAGUAGAUAAAUAGGUACCGCUCUGGAGGGAAGGUAAGCGGCGUUUCCAUGUGCUGCUCUGGUUCACCAGAAGUGGCUUAGUCAUGCUGGCCACAUGACCCGGAAGCUGUCUGUGGACAAAUGCCGGCUCCCUCGGCCUAUAGAGCAAGAUGAGCGCUGCAACCUCAGAGUUGUCCGCGACUGGACCUAAUGGUCAUGGGUACCUUUACCUUUUAAGGAACAACUGAAGGGAAGAGGAAACUCUUGUUUAUGUGAAGAGCUACUGUAUGUACUAUAUGCAUCGGAGCUUGAGUCAUGUUGCAGAAAAGAUGGUAGAAAUGAAAACAAGAACAGGGGGCAUAUUUAUUUGGAUGGAUGGAGGUUGCAUCCUACAAAUUCAGUUUAUUCCCACCAUACUCAAUGGGAAUGUCUCCAUUUGCCUAAAUGUUUACAUUUUAAUAUUGGGUAGAAGUUAUUCCCUACAAAUGUCUCUUUGAAGACAGCUUGGGAGCAUCUGUUGUUAUUGCGAUCCAGCACAUUUUUACAGAAUUUGUCUUAAUAAGAGCAAUUUGAAAAGCCCAGUAAGUAGUCCAACUCAUUUGUUUGACCAAAUUAGGAGCAUGAUGUUUAAAAGGGAAAGGUUAGCAAUGUGCAAUCUUACAGUGAGACCAUAUCAUGUUCUGCAGGAGUUGGCUCAGUUUGACCACCAGAUUGGCGACACCUCGGUGGUUCUGAAAAUGGACAACACACGUGACUUGGACAUGGACCUCAUCCUUAAAAACGUAGAAGCCUGGUAUCAGAAUAUUGCUCAUACCAGCAAACAAGAAGCUGAAGCUUUUUACCACAACAAGGUGAGUCAGAGUACAAGAAUUAAUCCCCAUUUAGGGUUCUCUGCAGAUGAUCAGUAUUUAGUGCAACAAGAAUACAGCUGCCCCUUUAUUCAUACUAUAAUGUAUGGUCACGGUGCCAUUUCAGCCCAAGGAACCAUUAUGAUGUUGGAAUGUGCAGCUUGGAAUGUGGCAACACAAGUGCUUGACUUGAACAUCAGCACUCAGGCAGCAAGGCAGAGACCCUUCUUUCAUGUACCAGACUGCAGAUUGUUCAGCAGCCAUGAUCUCUCUACCCUGCAGCAAACCUAUUGACUCUGAAGCAUAUGUUGCUUUUUUAAAAUAAUUCAUUAUGGAGUUGAUGGUUACUGAAACUAUUGCGGAAGAUCGUUUAGAGAUCUAUGUGCACAAUGUAGAUCAGAGGUCUGCAGCCUAAGGCCCAUGGGCCGGAAGCAGCCCACAGAGACCAUUUAACCAGCUCACGAGAUACCCCUGAACCGAGCCGCUAGCUCAGUGAGUCCCUGCAUGCUGCGCUAAACCGGUGCAGCGCAGCACAGGGACUCUCUUCCGCGGCUCUGGAAAUCACUUCUGCGCAUGCCCAGAUGCCAAAAAUUGCUUCUGUGCAGGCGCGGUUUUCAGAGCCGCGAACAUGCGCAGAAGCGGUUUUCAGAGCCGCGAACAUGCGCAGAAACGGUUUUCAGAGCCGCGAACAUGCGCAGACGCGAUUUCCGGCAUUGUGCUGCGCUGGACCAGCCUAGGAGGAUCUCCGCAGGAGUGAUAAGCCUUGCCGACCCCUGCUCUAGAUAGUGGUCCUUUGCUCUAGGUCAAAACUAGAGGCAUUUUGGCCACACAUACACACACACAAGUUGUAACAUAAUGCAGCCUAGAAUUAAAGUGGGAUCCUAAUAAAGCCCUUAAAAUUCAGUGCAUCUUAUUCCCUUAAAAAUGCACUUUGGACUGUGCCUCAACUUUGGCUAAGUUAUGUCGUUAUCAUUUAAGAGUUAUACUGCAAACAUCACUAUAGUAGACAUUGUACAUAAAUUCCCAAUAAUGGGCUGUGCCAAUAGAAUCCAGCAUUUCAAAUUCAAGACUUGCCCGCAUGUACACAAAGUGCACAAUUCAGAUUUAUUUGGGUGCUACUACCUGCACUCCUUUUUAUCCCCUGGAUUAAAGAUCAAAGUUGUGGGUGGUAUCCAACAAAGUACUCUCUCUAGCACAAGGACCUUUGGCUGUGCAAUGGAACUUCCCUCCAUCUCCUCUCCCUGUGCCCUACUCCACACCACACUAAAUCCGCUCUGGAGGUUCCCCCAGGCCUCCAGAUCAGAUUUUGGGAGAGUGCAAGGGCAUGCAGGGAGAGGGACAGGAAGUUCAGUUAUAGAAGCAGAAAUUCUUGUACUGGUGGAAGUAAUUAACUGGAUACUCCACUGUGUAUAUAUAAAUAAAAAUGUUCAUGUUUCAGUAAGUGCACAGUUAUUGGGCUAUUUCAGGAGAUGAAGCACUGGUUUCUUACCUUGACAGUUCAGCAGCUAUUCAGGUGGUGCUGAUUCCCAGAAGUAACUGUGUUUUCCUUGCACUAGAUUGCAGAAAUGCAGAACCAUCGGGGCAAAUUCAACGAAGAGCUUAAAUGCAACCAGCAUGAGAUCACAGAGCUGAACAGAGUGAUCCAGAGGCUGCAUAGUGAUACUGACAAUGCAAAGAAGCAGGUAGAGCAAGUUUGUUUUAGCCACUUGUCUCAGCGGAUGAACUUGUCUUCCUGUAACGGCAACAGUGCUGAUCAUGAGCUACCCAUAGACAAAGGCCUAAUAUAGUAGUUCCCCAACUGUGAUAAUGGUUGGAGGGUGUGCUGCAAGAAAGAUCCCAGAUAUAGCAACAUUCUGCCCUUCCUUCCUUCCUUCCUUCCUUCCUUCCUUCCUUCCUUCCUUCCUGUUGCCUCUGCUGGGAAUGAUUUUGCUGUGCCUCUGUAUUGAAUACCAUAAGAUCAUUUGAUUAUUACUGAUGCAGAGGAGGAGCAGAUUGACCAGCUCUCAAAAAAGUUGUGUGCUGUGAGGCUGCAUAGCAAUAGUGGAACAGUUGCCUUGUUUGCAGCAGCUCCUAGGUUCAAUCCCCUGAAUAUCCAGGCAGGGCUGAAAAAUGCCUGCAUUGCCACUGACCAUCACAGUAGACCAUACUAAGCUAGAUAGAGCAAUAGUCUGACUUGGUAUAAGGCAUGCCCAAUGGAUGACGUCCUGUCAUCCUGGUGACUUUGAUCUUUUGGUCAUAAGGCAUCAGAUACUGCCAACUACUAAAUGCUAGCACAUGGCAACUAUCAAAGAUGGUUACAUCUGAAAUGCCCAUUGCAAAUGAACUAUUAAAUAUUUAAACCCCAUCACAUGUUAGCCAUUCAUAUACUGUAAAAUUCCAAUGACUGAAAUCAUAUCUCAAAGUUAAAUCUCCAAGAUAUACAGUCGUACCUUGGAUCUUGAACAACUUAGUUGCCGAACGUUUUGCCUCCUGAACGAUCGGAAACCGGAAGUGAGUGUUCCGGUUUUUGAACUUUUUUUGGAAGCCGACUGUCCAGAGGGGCUUACGCAGCUUCUGAUUGGCUUCAGGAGCUUCCUGCAGCCAAUCAGAAGCUGCGCUUUGGUUUCAGAACGUUUUGGAAGUCGAACGGACUUCUGGAACGGAUUCUGUUUGACUUCCAAGGUAUGACUGUAAACCAGAUAUCAUUGGGUGUCAUCAUUACAGAUUGUCUAACAAUAUCAUAUAUGAGUGUUCAGGGGAUAUUUGAAGAAUAUAUGCUGAGGAGAAUUCAGAAAGCCAUCUCAACCAUAUCCAUGACUAACCAUUGAAAAGGAUGAUAAGAAAAGCCCUUGAGAAAAAUCACAUAGCCCUUUCCUAUUCUUUGCAGUGGCAAGGUCUGUAGAAGACAAGUUGCAGCAGCAGAGAGGAAAGCCAGUGCUUGCUUUUACUACUUAAGGAGUAGGGAAACAGUGGCUCUCUUGAUGUUGUUGGACUUCACCACCUCUGACCAAUGGCUAUGCUGGCUGAGCCUGGUAGGAUUUGGAGUCCAACAAUGUCUGAAGGGCCACAGGUUCCCUAUCCCUGCCCUCACUCAUCAGCACUGCAAGAAACCACGGAGAUCCCAUUUCCUUCUGCUUUUAGCUUUAUCUUGAGUAUCCUCCCGACGAACCAUUAAUUUUUAUUCUUUUCCCCAUUCCCAGGUUGCAAGCCUGCAGUCAGCUAUCUGCGAUGCUGAGCAGCGUGGUGACAUUGCCCUAAAAGAUGCACGGAGCAAGCAUGUUGAGCUGCAGACAGCCUACCAGCAGGCCAAAGAUAAAUUAGCUUGCCUGCUUCGUGAUUAUCAAGAGCUGCUAAACACCAAGCUGGCUUUGGAUAUUGAGAUUGCUACUUAUAAAGCAAUGUUGGAAGGAGAGGAGAACAGGUGGGGUGCCAUUUUGAAUAUAUACAUAUAAUUGAAUGGAUAUGUUUUGGGGUUCUAGCUACCAUUUGCCCCGGGUAGCAUGGGCAAUGAUUAUGGAGGGUGGAAGUUGCAGACCCACAGCAUAUGGAGGACCAUAAGUAGGGAUGUGGGAAAAGCUUGAUUCAGGUCACAUUCAAAGUUGCAUCUACCAAUUUUCCACUUUCCAAAACAUAGUGCGUACAGAAUCACAGCCAUCCUGCAAAAUUCACACUUCACUGGCUUUUGUGAUGCAAUUUUCCAGCCAAGUAAUGUGUGUAAAAAUGCACAUAUUGGGGUAAAUUGUGCAUGAAAAGGCAUAUAGACCGGGGGCCCCUCUGUUAGAUUCACCACCACCACCAAGACUCCCCCCCCCCGCAUCCUCUUUUUUCGUCUUCAAAAUAUGUCAACCGUACUGUUAUGUACUGAGCUGAAUAGGAUCCAAAAUGCAGCAGUCAGAUUGAUCCUAGAACAAUGCAGCAGUAUGAUUGGUCCGCAGGAGCCACCCAAUCCAGCUCCAGUUGGAAGUGAAUCCACAACCUGAUUGGCCUACAGGAGAAUCCCGGAAUUAGCCAAUCACGUGCAGCCCACUGUGUAAAUCAUGUAUAUAAAGCAGAUAUUGUGGGGGAACUUCCAUUCCUCCUCACCACUAUGAGCGGAAUAAAGAGCACAAAAUCCACUCUCAACUCCGAGUAUAUUUCACGUACAAAAAUGCCAUAUGUAAGCCAUUCUGGUGUGGUAAAAUAAUGAAUGCAUUUUGUUUCUCUGUUCCUAACAGGAUAUGUGCAGGGAACCCUGUCAGCGUUGGUGAGUAUAUUCAACAUUCACCUCGUUCCAAAACAAAUCAACAGCUUACUGGGGGGUUGUUUGCUUGUUUGUUUGGAUUUGUAAAUCUAUCAGCAAAAUAACAGAACCUGCUUUCUUGGUCUUCCUUCACAGCUAUGGUGAGUGGCGGCUUCCCAGUUGGCGAAUGUGCACCUGGAGUGGGAGCUGGAAUGGCCUAUGGAGCUGCUGUAGGAAGAGGUGUAGAACAUGGAGUUGGCGCCUACGGCGGCGUUGGGGACGGGUUCAGCUCUGGAAGUGCAGGAUGUGUCCACACAAUGGGCUCCCGAACUGCAGCUGGCUCAGUAGGCAGAGCGGCCGGUGUUGGUUAUGGGAUUGGACAUAGCGGUGGAGUAGGAGCUGCAGGAGGGUUCAGUUCCAGAAGCGGAGGCUACGCUUCAAGCAUUACUACCUCUAAGCACGAGGUGACCUCUGGGGGUGGCAGGCACAGCUCAGGCAUUUCUACAGAAGGGAGUUGUGGAGGUGGGCACCACGGUGGGAUCCACCACGCAGUCGGGGGAGCCGGAGGAAUUAGCUCCUCUGGGAGUGGGGGCUAUGGGGUUGGAGUACAGAACUUGGCUGCUGGGGGGGCUUAUGGCACCGGGUCUGGUGGAGGCAUGCUAUCAGCUAUAUAUGGCGGUUCUCGAGGGGACUGCACCACCGGUGUUAGAAAUGUGCAUGUAACAUCUGUCAGUUCUUCAUCCAGAAAAUGCCUCCACUGA